GGGUGGCAAAGGAACAGGGUGUAGGGGGAGGGGCGCCUCUGCCGCGUGAGCUUGCAAUUUGGGGGAGUUACAGCCGGGGCGGUGGGGGAGGGGAGGAGAGAUGGGAUGGAUGCGCGCGGGAGUGCUCGUUCGUUUGCUCGCUCCCGAGUGUGGCGGGUAGCGAGACGAAUAGGGCGCGAAACGGGAAGAGAGAGGAAAAAAGGGGUUAGGGCGCGCGGGGCAGCGGCUAGUAUUGUGGUUCGGUGCGGCUGGGAGACGUAAACCGAGCUACCGCCCGGGGUGUGGGGCAGCGCGACGGGUGGGCGGGGACGGCAGGGCCGAGGCCGAGGCUCCACUCUUCUCGCCUCGCUCUCUUCCCUUUCUUGCCUAGCUGGGGCCUCGGGCUGCGCAGUGGCGGAGGGUUUGUCCUAAGGAUCCACUUCAUCUCAAUAAAUAAAUUAUAUAUUAAAUAGAAAUUUACUCUGAAGGUCAAAAGUUUCCAGAGGUUUGAACUGAAAUUUGGAUACAAUGUUACAGUAGAUAUUGUUGAUGGCAUCUUAGUCACAAGCAGGACAUUGAGGCAGGACAUUAAUUAAAAAAAAAUGAAUAUGUCUAGUAUUGCAUUAAGAGUGGAAACUUGGCUUUCUUCUGCAUGGCAUAUUAAAGUACCCAUGACAUGGCUGGAAGCUUGUAUUACUUGGAUUCAAGAAGAAAAUAAUGAUGUGAGUUUGACUCAGGCUCAAAUGAAUAAGCAAGUGUUUGACCAGUGGCUUCUUACUGAUCUAAGAGAUUUGGAAUAUCCUAUUUUACCUGAUAAGAUUUUGGAAGUUCCAAAAGGAGAGCUAAGUGGUUUUUAUUCUUUGCAGAUUAAUUCAUUGGUUGAUGUUAGUCAGCCUGUGUAUUCCCAGUUGCAAAAGUUGAGAGGACUGAACAGGUCAAAUGAUCAAGUAACAGCUGAAACACAAAUAUCCUUAAAGCCUUGGGAAGCAAAUCCUACACGAAUGCUAAUGUUGCAGAUAACUGAUGGUGUUAGGCAAAUACAGGGCAUGGAAUAUCAACCCAUUCCAGCUCUUCAUCAAGCUAUUCUUCCAGGUACAAAAAUUCUUAUUCAUGGAAAAGUUUCUUACCGUCUUGGUGUUCUUCUCUUGAAACCAGAAAAUGUGAAGGUGUUAGGGGGUGAAGUGGAUGCUCUUGUUGAAGAACAUGCCCAAGAAAGAAUACUUGCAAGACUAAUUGGAGAGCCUGAUUCUUUAACUUCAACCAGAUCAAAUCAUAGUCAGUGCAUUCCUGUUCUUGCAGAUGGACUAGAAUCAGCAUUAGAACCUUCAGAUGAAGAACUUCUAGCAAGCCUUGAUGAAAAUGAGUCAAUAGUGGUCAGUAAUGACACUCAUUUAGAAAGUGGCUAUUUUAGCAGAAGUUGUAUUUCAGACUCUAUCAGCAAUGUGAUUUCUAGCUCAGGACUUUCUAGCAUUACACCAAGAAAAGAAGAAAACUUAGCAAAUCCUUUUGUGAAUUUCACUGAAGGGGAUUUAGAUGAUUUUUCACUAGAGGAUGUCUUGUUUUUAGAGGAAACUGUUCAGAAGGAACUUCAGGAGACAGAAGAAAGGAAUUCAUUGAUAUUGAACAGAGGCAGUGACAAAAAUAUAAAGAGACAUUCACAGAAACCUAAUAUUUCAGAUGAUUUUUCUCUGGUUAAUAUAAAUGAAAAAAAUGUUCAGAAUCAAAAGAUCUUAUUUGAACAAAUAACCAGUAAAGACAAAUCUUCUAGUUAUCUCUCCAUGAGAGAUCAAAAUCCUAGCAAUAUUUUGUCAUUUGAAAAUAAUGCACACCUGCCCCAGGAUUUCAUAGUUAAACAUAAAAGCUCAGAGAUAUGUGAAAAAAUUAAUCCCCUCCUUGGCAGUUCAGAGAACUAUAUGCUAAAUGAUAAAACAUUAAAAGCAGAACUAGUUAAUGAACCAAAACUAAUUUCAGAAAUCAGUAAUGAAAGCAGUUAUAUACAUCCUAGUUCUUUAAUAUCAUCAGAGAACAACAUGGAUCGAAUUUCUAUUGCUGUCAGUUUGGAUUCCCCACCUUUUACUUAUAUUUCUGUCCUGUUAUCUAGAAGUUUAAAUGAAGUAACAACUGUGAAAGUCAAAGCUUUUAUUGUAACCUUAACUGGAAAUCUCUCAGGUUGUGGAGGCUUUUGGAGUAUAACUGCAAAAAUUUCUGAUGGUACUGCUUAUCUAGAUGUGACUUUUGCAGAUGAAAUACUAACAAAUAUGAUUGGGUUUUCAGUAUCAGAAAUGAAACAGUUAAAAAAAGAUGUUUUUAAGCAUAAAAGAAUCCAGGAAGGUUUGCAAAAAUGUCAGAGAGCUCUAAUAGACUUGUGCUGUCUGAUGACCAUUACAUUUAAUCCUUCUUUGUCUAAAGGCAUAGUGUCAGUUCUGCAAGAUGUAAAUAUAGAAGAUCUGCAAAACUUAAAGAGACGUUUGAAUAAAUAACAUCAGUUUUGAAUAAAUGACUUACCAAAGCAGUAAUAGAAAAUAAUUGAAAACUCACAAAUUUUCAGGAUUUGAUCUAAAAACCAAAUGUUAACAUUUUAGAUGUUUUCUUUUAUUUCAUUUUGGGGAUAAAAGGAAUAAAAAUCUAAAAUUAAAUUUGAUAUAAUUAUCCCCUCCAAAACCUCUGUUUUAAUUUUUUUUUUUUGGGGGGGGAAGACACCUCUCUGAAAGAAUGUUAACAUUUAGAUAAGAAACUGGUUUUUGUUAUCCAUCCCUUCUGAAGAUCAUUCCUAAUUUGUCUCCAGAAUGAUUUCUAAAGUGUUAUAUUAUUGUCCAGUGCUGGGUUAUAUUAAUAAAAAUUGAUAAUCAUAAAACAUUUGAAUUUUAAAAUUUCUAAACAAAUAAUUUGUAUAUUUUUUAAAAAUUGUUGUAAUCUCAGAGGACCAAAUGUUGGUUUUCAGAUUCAAGUUACUCUUUUGAUUUUUAGUUUGCUGGUACUUGUUUUUGUGAUAUGAAACAUAAACUUUCCAAUGUUGUAUAUGAAAAAGAGUAAAUUAUUACAAAAAGAUUUGUUUUGAUAGGUAUUUUAUUUUCAAAUGGUACUGAAAAGUUAAUAUCCAAGUUCAAGGAUUGUUGGCAUGUUUGGAUAAAAAUAAACUUUUUAAUCUUUGUUUAUAGGUAGUGCUAACUAAACUGAAAAUUAUAAAAGUACACAUGAAUUUGAGUUUUUUUUUACCUUUUUAGUUUGCUAUGAUAACUUUUGUUUUUAAAAGAAAAAUAAUCUUUAGAAAAAUUUUAGAUUAACUCUAUAUAAGAAAUAAAUAAAACCAAUUUCUUUUUAUUUUUUUAAUGGGAAUAAAAUUUUAACAGUGAACUUCUUAACAGGUCAUUUUUACUUUCUGGCUUAAUUAAAUUUGUAUUAACCAAUAUAUCAUGAUUAAUAGUGUUGAUCUACAAUACAAUUCUGUUGGUUCCUAACUUUAUAGUAAUCACUAUUGGUGGCUUCUAGAGUGAGCUGCUGAGAGUGCUUUAGGAAAAAACCACUUUCUGGUGCUGAAUUUUGUUCCAGUAAGUUAAAUUUGACUAUGCAAUGAUUUAGCACAACUCUUGACCAAUUAAGUAGACAUUGUGUCUCCUAUAAGUAGUUUGUUGUGCUAGGUGUUGGGAGAGAGAGGAAAUAAAAAUAAAGUUGGAAUCUCAGACAUUAUCUAAUCCUACACUCUGAUUUUUCAGAUGAGGAAGCUGAAGCCCAGAGAGAUUAGGUAAUUGAAUUGUUCAUGAUUAUAUAGGUAGUAAGUGACAAUUGGGUUUGAAACCCAAGUCCUUUGAGUACAAGUCACUCUGAACCAUACUAUCCCUAUCUCUUUAAAGAAGUUUAUAACCUAGUGGAGGUGAUAAAUAUACAUAGUGGUUGUCAACUUAUAACGUGACCAGUAGUUAUAUUACCAAAUAAACUUGCUGUCUUUUAACAAAUUUCAACAAUUUCCUUUGGCAUACAGAUAUGUUUUGGGAACCCCUCUUCUUUUUUGCCUGACUUACAGUAUGUAUUACAACAUGUAAUAAAAAACAAAAAAGUUGUGUUGCACUUUAUAUUUAGUAUAUAUAUUCCUGCAAUCUGUAUAUAAAGUCUUUUAUAAGUAAAAAAAAAAAAUUUAAUGAAUCGAGAGAGUGCCACUGACGUGAAGAACAAUGUACUCCUAUAAAAAUUUCAAGUUUUUACCUUUUGAUGUGAUUAAAUAUGUCACCAUAAUUUUUAGUCCUAGAUGGGAGCACUAUUCCCUUUCCGAUCUCUAACGGGGAUCUUGAGAUAGACAAGACAGAAGAUAACUUAGGAGAAGAAUACAAAGGAGGAGGAGAAUAAUGAGAUUUUAAAAAUAAAGUUAUUGCUGCCUAGAAAAUGCUUUUUGUAUAGAAUACAAAAUAUGAAACUUAAUUGAAAUAAAGUUGCAUAAUAGUUAGGCAUAUUUUAUCUCCAGGGACUCAUGCUGAAUAUGUACCUUCACUACACAUUGUCAGUUUUUUAGUAUGCCCAAUAUAUUUAAAUUCGCUUGGAAUUCACUUCUUCCCCUAAAUUGCUAUCAUAUGUAUAUAUGAUUCUAUGUAAUCAAUCUUCUGCUGGUUGGUUUCCCUUUUCUAUUUUGAUCCUCCGAAGAGCUUCCAAAGUGGUCUGUUCAUAUCACUCUACUCAAUAAACCACAGUGACUCCCUACUGUUCUUUGCCCACUUAUGCCUCAGUUUACUUUAAAGCCUAGCUCAAAUAUCACUUCUUGUUAGACUGUAUCUGACUCUCUUACAUAACCCAUUCCAAUAUUAGAUACUCUCUACUUCUAUAUUUCUUGGUAUAGACUCCAGGUCCUGAGGGAUUUAAUUUAGUCACAUAUUUCUUGAAGUAUUAAAAACAAUUUCUCUAGAAAAACAAUGGGACAUAGUAAACAGUUGACCUUGAAGCCUUAAGCAACUGGGUUUAAACUGCUUCCCUCCCCAUCCCACCCCCAAUAUCAUAUUGGCUGAUUUGCUUUGGUAAGAAGGAUUUUCCUCAUCUUGGAUGAGGUCAUAGGUCCCUAUAUUAUGUCUUACUCAACAAGCAUUUAUUAAGUAUCUGAUGUCUUUUAGGCACUGCCAAGUGCUGAGGAUAUAGACAACAGACCCUACUUUUUUUUUUAAUAGCUUUUUAUUUACAAGAUAUAUGCAUAGGUAAUUUUUCAGCAUUGACAGUUGCAAAUCCUUCUGUUCCAACUUUUUCCUUUCUUCCCCCAGAUGGCAGGUUGACCAAUACAUGUUAAAUAUGUGUUAAAUGAAAUAUAUGUAUACAUCAGACCCUACUUUCAGAGACUGAAAUCUAGCUGGAGACAACAUGUAAAGAGUUAUUUACUUACAAAAAAAAGUUUUAUAUACAAAAGAGAUUUUUAAAUUGGAGAUAAUCUCAGAGGACAAGUAACAUUAAGGAGGAUAUUGAAAGACUCAGAAGAUGGGACUCUUCUUGACGUUCAAAGGAAGCCUGGGAAAACAGGAGGUGGAGAUGAGGAGGAAGAAUUUCAGGCUUAACAAAGAUCCUGUAUUUGAGAGAUGGAGUACCUUGUGGAAAGAUCAAGUUCUGUAUCAUUGGAUGAUGAUAUAUAUGAAAGGGGCUAGGGUGUAUGAAGACUGGAAAGGAGGGGAUCUAUGUAAUAAUUACUAAUACUUCAGAAAUACAGUGGAAUUCACUCUACUCUUUCCCCAAAAAAGAUUGUAGUAUAUAAUAUAAUAGAUGGUCUUUGAAACUAAAAAGCAUAUGUGCCUUAGAUAAGUGUUUUAAAUGUUCCACACUUCCUAUAAAAUAGUUCUUAUACUUCUACUUGAAUUAAUGACCUAAAAAGAUUGUGUACAUGAAAGAAACCUAAUUUUUUAUAUGAAAGUUACUUAUUUUAAUUAUGUUAUGGAUUAUCCACACUAAUGAACAUUCUCUCAAUUAAUGCAAGUGGGCAGAAAAAUAGACCUAUAUAUGGACCACUAUUUUGGGAAAGUUAAUCCUAGAGGGUUAGCCAAGACCCAAGUGACCUGCAACUAAGCAAUAGGAAUUAAAACAGUUCUGAGUCCUGUGUUGAAUUAUCCCCAAGGUGUGAAUAAUCUUUGAAGAUAAUUGAUAGUUUAUUGCAGAAGAAUAAGCUAUAAUAAAGAAUUAAAGAACCAAAAAUUAAUGGAAUUGAGCUGUUCUAAUGAGCAAAACAAGCAGCAUUUAAUUGUAGGUAUCAACCACACCUUCUUUGACUAGUAUUUUGUACUAUAUCUAAUAGAAGAAAAGUAGCUUGGGGAAGUGGCCAGGAGGCUGGCUUCAGAGUUAACAUCCAAAUUCAACUAAGUAAAGAAAGUUAUCCUCUGUUACAGACUUGGAGAUCCCAGGUUUCUUCCUUGUCUUGGAGAAUUAUAGAAGUAGGGAUUAAUUUGGAAACCUUGCUAAGCCUUAUAAGCUACCUUAUAAGCUUUUGUCAAUCUUCUUUGGCUUCUAAGAAAGUAAAAUUGAAACAUACUUAUAAAAAAGUAUUGCAUUUGCCUGAUUUCUGGACCUCAAUGGGGGAAUCUCACAAUUUUACUAAGUUUCUAAUUAUAUGCAUUGUGAUAUACCCAUAAGCAAAGAAUUAUUCUCUUUUAAAUUUGUUCAUAAGAUUUUUGAGUUCCAAAUUCUUUCCCUUCUCUCUUCAUUGAAAAAGCCAUCAAUAUGCUAACUUGUAUAUGUGAAAUCAUGCAAAACGUCUCCAUAUUAACCAUGUUGCAAAAAAAAAAAAAAAAAAAAAAGGAAGAAACAAAGUGGAAAGAAAUGUUUAAAUAUGCAAUCAAAGUUCAUCAGUUCUUUCUCUGGAGGUAGAUAAGCAUUUUUGAUGGAUCUUUUGUAUUUGUCUGGGAUCAUUGUCUAAAUCUUUCACAGUUAACUAUCAUUACAAUCAUUUAAGUCUUCCCAUCCAACUCAUCAUUUCUUAUAAUACAAUAACAUUCCAUCACAAUCAUAUGUUCAACUAUUCCCUAAUUGAUGGGCAUCCCCUCAACUUCCAAUUCUUUGCUAUUAAAAACAUUUAUAAAUA